AUGGCGCCCAGCCUAGAGGCCAGGACGGCGCGCGCAGCCGGCGGCGCUGCAUCGACCAACCAGGCCGAGAUUGACCUGUCCUCCCCGCUGUUUAACGCCGCGCGGUAUCUUGCUGUCACGCACGCGAGCACGAGCUUCUCUGAGCUGCAGACGGCGCUCGCAGAGCUGCGCAAGACCACGUCCGACAAGACCGCGCAGCUCAAGGCGCUGGUGAGCGCGCACUUCGACCAGUACUUGAGCUGCCAUGAGGCUGUCCGUGCCUUGGCUGCGGACGUGAGCGCGCACCAGCAAGAGACCGAGGCGCUAGUGGGCGACAUGCAGAAUUUGACUCGUGUGGCUGAUGCAUCCCUCGCUGUGAUGCUGCAACGAGCGAGGGAGCAGCGGCGGAUCCGCCACACGCUAGCGGUGCUGGCUCGCCUACGGCCUAUCCUCGAGUUGACAAGCAAGAUGAAAGCAAGUCUGCGCGUCCAGGACUACGAAACGCUGGCGGUGGACUACGCCCGGUUGAAGUACCAAAGCGGCAAGAUUGCGAACCUUGCUGCGCCCUUAAAGCGUGUGGUGACUGCUGGCCACGACAUUGCGGCGACCGCCAACACGGAGCUGCUCAAACGACUUGAGGACAUGUCUGCAUCAGUGGCUGAUCAGAAGCGCGCGAUUGACGUGCUUACAGCACUGGGGCUGGUAGAGAAGCCCAUUCUAACCUGCCUUACCAAGCAGUUUGAAUACUUGGAACGGAAGCUGGCGGAGAUCGACACGCAGGAAGAUGGCCAGAUCACCAGUGAAGACGUCAUGAAGGAGUGUGUUGCUAUCGCGGCUCGGUUUCGGAGCGGACUCUGGGGCUUCAUUUGCGAGCUGUUCAAGACCCCAGCGGGUAGUGCUGCGGCGACGAGCAAUGCUAUCACGUCCGUUGAGGCUGAGCGCGUGCAGCAGCAAGCAUGGAGCAUUCUGUCGAAGUGUGCUGGUUUGCUGGAGCAGCAUGCAUCACCGCCCUCCGCAUUACGUCUCAAGUUACUGACAGAAGCCUUCCACCAACUUCGAUGUUUAAGGAAAUGCCCCAAUGCUGCAACGUUGAACAUCAAUAUCGAGCAGCUCAACGAGAUUUUCUGCGAUAAGUUCCGGACGGCGGUCACGCUAGGCUAUCUGGACAAGGUGUGCCAGUCCGCGAGAUCGGAGCUGCUUGCCGAGUAUUUUGAACCAGUUGUCAUGGUUCUUCCGUCUCUUUCAAGCGAAAUUGCGCUGGGAACGCCCAGUUCAUCCGCGCUCACCCCCGUGAUGUCAACUGCCCCACGAACGAAGGUCCAGCGCGUGAUAAUGGAGGCUCGACAGGCUUUUGAUGUCAUCAGGAAUGCAUCUACGAUAUCCUCCGAGUCCAAGGUUCUUCUCCAUCGGCCGCUGGUGUUUACAACUUGCGCCACCGACGUUCUGCAGCGCUGGAAUGGUAUCUGGAAGGAUGUGGGGCAAGUGUUGCUCGACGUUUUAGACAUUGCGGACCGCACCAACAACAAGGGGACCACUACGCCAGCUUCUCCUGAUACUGAUGUUGACUUCCACUUCCGAACUCAGCUAGUUCAGGCCCUUGAAAAGCACUUGCGCGAUAUGCUGUCUGAGUUCCUUGACAAGGUGGUUGCUGCCUUUGUUGCGGAGAUCAAUCCACCUGUCCCGGUAGAAGCUUCGACUGCAGCCAUGACUACCAACAACAACCAGAGCGGUGCACGCGUAUGCAUUUUGCUAGCAAUUGUCGCGAACUGCGUCGACUUGCGCGAGAAAUGCAUUCGUAUCGUGGAUGGGUGGGUGGCGCAGCUAAAGUAUGGUGAUAUUGACGAAGAUGCCUACAAGAGCAUGCUGGAGCACGGCCGCGCAGCUACUUCCGGCACGCGGGCCCUCUCCAAUUUGGUGCAGAAUGUGGAAACCAAGUGCAUGGAUAUUUACUCGUCCACUCACGCAGAGCCACUUCAGCGUAUUCUACGCGCCGGUGCAGCGGAAGAAUCAUUCCAGGCUCAUAGCAGCGGCAGCAGUGGUGGAGGAGCCUCCAGUCCCGUGAGCUCCGUGUCCAUGCCUUCGGAUCCCCGCCAAUACGUGUUCAACGUGCUUCUGCAGCUCAUCACACUGCGCAGCGAGGUCGAGAUGAGCGUGGGAGACUAUCCCCAAUGCUGGGACUACAUUCGCAGCGUCACGGACCCGCUGACGGCAGCACUUGCUGAGUUCCUGCAAAGCUCUGUGCGUGGUCUCGACAACGCUGCGGGCGCCUCAACCUCGACCAUCGACGAGUGGAAGCGCAAUCACCUGCUCGUCGAAGCGCGCUUCUUCCAGUUAGCGCUGAGCGACCUCAUGGCGGAGAGCACCAAGUCCCAGAUCGAGGCCGUGGAGAAGCAGCUAGCGCAGGCCAAGUCGACGGAGCAGGCGACGAGCGCGGGCCACGCCACGCUACUCAACCAGAUGAAGCACCAGACCAAGCUCUACCUCCUCGCACUGCAGCAGUGA